AUGCAAGGCAUUCAUACUAAUAACUACAAUGAAUCACACCACCGCGUCUUGAAAUUCCAUUUCCUCAGCCGCACCACCGUCGCUCGUAUCGAUGGCCUCAUCCACAUAUUCGUGGAAGACAUCGAAGCGGAAUAUCGGUCUCUGCAGAUCACUACCACACUUGGUUUCCGUCAGCAACGGACAUCUAAGUUCCAGAACGUCGCAAAGGGCGUCGCCGAGACUUACACCGAUGACGAACUCGCUGACUUAGGCGUCCUCGUCGACGAAAAUUCGCCCAACCAUGUAAGCCCUUCAUUCCUCCUCGCGUCGAACCAAACUGAUCCUUUCUCUCAGUUCACCAUGGGCAGUUUUACUCGACCUCGCACGGUCACCUAUGACUUAACAGUCACCCCCGCCCAAGCCCCUCGCAAAACCGCCAUUAACAACUGCACGUGCCCAUACUUCAGCCAACAUAAAUCCACAUGUAAACAUAUGUACGUGCUUGCGCGGCAGAAGAAAUACAACAUCUGCAAGACAGCCCUCGCUAUAGUCGACAACGGUGUAUCACCCUUUGCUCCUCAGAAGAUCACUACCCCUAUCGAAAGCGUCGUCCACAUCGAGAGCGAAGACUCUGCAACAUCGUCCACUACCACUUCCUCCACCUCAUUGUCCCAAACAUCCUCAUCGUCACCCACCCCUGCAAUGAAUCCUCAUCGCUCCGCCCCUGGCCUGGUUCCUACAACCUCUACCAAUGUCCUUAUGACCCCUCACGCUGUACUUCCACAACAACCACGAGCCUCACCCUUAUACAACCAGCCCACAUCCAAUGCUCUCACGGGCGGCAUCACACCACACGGCGGCGAAACGCUCUCUGACCGGCAUUUGUCCCAACACACCGUACCCCAACAUCACCGUCGGGAGUCAGACUCCUACGUGAUGCAUCUGUUCUAUGACCCCAACGCCGCUCAUUCUACGCCACCAUUAGGAUAUCUCCGUGGUCCUAUCCCACCUCCAUAUCCUUUACCUACUCCUCACAAAGGACAACCGCCGGCCAUGAUCGAAACGGAUCACUUUGCCCCCGAUCUCCACAAAUCAAGGCACGAACGCCAAAGCUCGGCGACCUCGACUCAGUACACUACACACUCGCGAACGUUUUUCGAGAACAGCGGCAACCACUUACUCGACACCCCUUCGCACUUGUUCCCACCCGGCAAUUUCUCUGCUGUCCAAACUGCAAGCAACUCACCUCACGCUACACCAAACAAUGCGUCAACUCCGGCUCCAAGCAAUUACUCUUUGCCAACGGACUUUCCCCAUCCCCCACCUCCCACACAGUUCCAGUUCGAGGCACCGGCCCCAGGCUUGCUCGACGCGCGACUUUUCCGGCUCGCCGAACAACAACCCGGACAUCUAUGUAGCACUCCCCGUGCUCCCAGCCUCUACCACUCCCCUACACCGGUCCACGCCUCCCAACUCUCCGCCUUUUUCGACGAGAUGCCACAUGAAGGGCCCUCUCACAACAACCAUCCACAGACCGAACAGCUACCACAACCCAUCGGUUCUGGCCCCGCUUUCCUAACUUCACGGAACUGUCCCACUGGCCUUAUCGAAACCACCGCCACGGCUCUGCCUCCCAACCCACGCAGCAUUGCCUCACAGGACCCACCGUCCCAUGGCCUUACGCCCCCCAUAGCCUCCUCCUCUAACCAGUCGAACGCGCGAGAAGAACGCAAGGCCCUCAAGAAGCUCGCCUUAGACGACCUCCAAAAAUACGCCAAGCUCAUAACUCAACUCCCUGGUAAGUACCCCGAUACUGACCUCGUAACCAACGGCACCAUCAAAGGGAUAGAGCGCGCAGUCAACGCUGUCCAGGAAGCCUAUUACGAAGCACUCCGUCUCUAUUCUAACUCCACCCCUUCCAAGCAGAUCCGCUAA